AUGAGCUUUGAAACCACGGCAUUCUCUUUCUUCGUCCUGCUUCUGAUUUGCCUCAUUUGCAUCCUCCUUUUAUUGGUGGUUUUUUUAUAUAAAUGUUUCCAAAGCAAGAAACGUGAAGAGACAGACAAAGUGCCGUGCGCAGAUGCUAACGGAGGGGAAGAGUGCUCAGCUGCCACUGUGGGGCCGAACGCCCCGGGGGACCAGGAGAAGAUCCUGAGGCAAAUGGUGGACUUGAACCCACCAGUGAGGCCCGGCAUUCUUGUCCAGAGACGGAGCAGGGAAGUGGUGAACUUUGAGAACAGAGACGAUGUGGAGGCAGAGGAGGAGGACAAAGCCAAAGACCCUGAGAAUGCCGAAGAAGCCAAUCAAGAGGUUCGUGAGUUGAUCUUUUGCACGCUUUGUCCCAUUCCGUUGCAGAAAACACACUUACCUGUCAGCAGAACUCCCUCAGCUUUGGAAAAUCACAAGAGACCUCUAAAAGGGGUGACCUUCUCUAGGGAGGUGAUUGUUGUGGAUCUUGGGAAUGAAUACCCUGCGCCCCGAAGCUAUACUCGAGAGCACAAGGAGAGGAAAUGAGGCUCAGGGCCGAGAGGGAAGGAAACGUGACCUUUGACAAACUUUGCAAUGA